CAUAUUUAUGUUUAAUUCAAACCUUAUAAUGGAGCAAGGAGAAAUAACUCCAGAAAGUGAAUACAGUAUAGAAUGCUUCCAAAACUACACUGCCCCAGAAGUUUUCAUACAAGGCUUGGCUGGUCUUGUAAACCAGGGCGAUGUUGAAUCAAUGAUCAGAGCUCAGAAGCAAAUGCUGCAACGGUUUGAGAAAACUAAUGAAAUGCUUAUCAAUUGCAAUUCAUUAAGUGCCGGAAGGUUACGAAGUGCUGGGGCUGAGUUUAAAAAGUACACGCAACAAUUAGUUGAUAUGAAAAAGGAUUUAGAUUACAUAUUUAAAAAAAUCCGUGUUAUUAAAACUAAAUUAAGCAAUCAGUAUCCAGAAGCUUUCAAAGAAGCUCAGAAACGUUUAACAGAUGGAAUAUUAGAAGAAGAUGAAAUUGCUUGUGAGGCCCAACCAUCUACACCAGAAGUUAAACAUAGAAUAGGUACCAAAGAAUGCAGUAAAUCUGAGAAUAAUUUAGCAACUACCGAUAAAAAGGAAAUGUGUAGUAAAAGUGAGAGCAAAGCUAAACCAGAGCACAAGAAAGAUGAUGAAAAUUUACAUAAAUUAUCUCUCAAAAAUUCAAAAGAUAAUAUGAACUAUAAAAGGAGAUCUCUGGUAGCCUCAAACAGCACAAGUACAAGCAGUUCAACAGAUCAUUCUUCUAGUCACUCCAAUGAAUCAUCUGACUGUAGUACAGAUACAGGAUGAAAAUGAAUGUUUUUAGAAUUAAUUCAUUAAAUUAUGUUUUAUUUAUAUUUUUUUAUAUAUUAAUAUAAAAAUAGUUAUUAAAAUGUUGCCAGCUUAAUUGUAGUUUAAAUGCAUUAUGAUAUUAAAUAUAUACUUAUAAAAUUCAACUCAAAUAAUAAACAAUAACACAUUGAUGAUGGAAAUAAUUAUUUUUUAUUUGAUGGUCCACCUUCACUCAGGUCUGUACCUUUUCUUUUAAGAGGUACGCUUCUCAUGUCAGCGCAAUCUUCAAAGCU